ACUAGUUUGGCUGUGGGAACCAGCAGACCAGCUCCAGGCGCUGGGGCUUUCUCAGUGGCCUUGUCAGCUCACAGCAGGUGUUCACGCCUCGAAUUGAGGAAACUGGCUGGACUGCUCCCCAUCGUCCUCUUGCUGACUGGGGGCUGCUGAGCCCGUGCACAGCACAGUGUCUGGUGGGGUGGAGGGGCUGGCCUGGUCCCGCUGUCCUGUGGGGAUGCUGGGGCAAGUGGUCACCCUCACACUCCUCCUGCUCCUCAAGGGGUAUCAGGGCAAAGAAUGCCAAGUUCCAGCUGACCAUGUGGUUAGCAUCUCGGGACAGCGUCUUCAGUUACAACCAAGCAGUACACAGAUGAAGGUUGAAAGUAUUCAAUGGAAGAUGCAGCUGCCCUCACGUAAGGCAUUUAAUCAGAUAUUUCAGUGGGAGAAUGGCUCGACGACUAUCAAUGCUUCCAACGAUAGAUUCCAUUUUGAAAUUGAGAACCCAACUCUUCUCAUCGAGGCAGCUCAGCCGCAGGACAGUGGCUUCUACUGCCUAGAGGCCACCUAUACAUCUGGAGAAAUUCACAGAGCCACGUUCCAGGUUUCUGUAUUUGAAUCUCUGCUUCCAGAUACAAUUGAGAAGCCCCGCCUACAGGGGCAGGGGAAGAUCCUGGACAGUGGGAGGUGCCAAGUGGCUCUGUCCUGCUUGGUCUCCAGGGAUGGCAAUGUGACCUAUGCUUGGUACAGAGGGAGCAAGCUGAUCCAGAGAGCAGGUAACCUCACCUACCUGGAGGAGGUUGACGUUGAUGGCCUGCACACAUAUACCUGCAAUGUCAGCAACCCCGUUAGCUGGGAAAGCCACACCCUGAAUCUCACUCAAGGUUGUCAGAAUGCCCAUCAGGAAUUCAGAUUUCGGCCUUUUUUGGUGAUCGUCCUGAUUCUAAGCACGCUAUUGCUUGGCACCCUUGCCUGCUUCUGUGUGUGGAGGAGAAAGAAGAAGGGGAAGCAGUCAGAGACCAGCACCAAGGAGUUUUUGACAAUUUAUGAAGAUGUCAAGGACCAGAAAACCUGGAGGAAUCAAGUGCAGGAGCAGACUUUUCUUGGAGAGGGGACCUCCAUCUACUCUAUGAUCCAGUCCCAGACUUCUACUUCCACAUCACAAGAAUCUGCAUUUACAUUAUAUUCAUUAGUUCAGCCUUCCAGGAAGUCUGGAUCCAGGAAGAGGAACCACAGCCCUUCCUUCAAUAGAACUGUGCAUGAAGAGAUUAGAGUGAGUCAACCUAAAGCUCGGAACCCUGCUCGAUUGAGCCGCAAAGAACUGGAGAACUUUGACGUGUAUUCCUAGUUGCUGCAGCUAUUCUUACUUUUCUCAGCAUCUGCUUUGGGAAUUGGCACAGUGGAUGAUGGCACAGGAGUCUCUAUAGAACAGUUCCUAGUCUGAAGAGGAUAUGGAAAUUUGUUCUCAUUCUAUAUUUUGUUUUGAAAAUGAUGUCUAACAGCCAUUCUAAGAGCAAGGCUGUUAAAGAAUGUCUUCCAAUUUACAGAUCAGACAUGGAUGGUGGAGGGGUUAGGUUGUUCACAAAAGGCCACAUUACAAGUAUCUGUGGUCUAGGAAGUGCUAUAUAAGUGGUGUUAUUGGCAUUGAGAUUCCCUCCACCUGAUUUUCAGGCUGUUUCUUGUCUUCUUUUCUCCCCAAUCUGGACUGACUGCAUUUCUAGACUUUCCCCAGGCCCAGGCCCAUCUUCCAAAACAAGAGGAAGGAAAGAUAAUGGUGACUCUUCAGGAGAGGAAACAGCCCUCCUCUGACAGCCUGGACUAUCUGGCUGUGAGCUAGCUGGCGGGUUCUGCAUGGGGGCCAGGGCCUGAGCUGUACUCAGUCGCAGAGAAAAACCUUUCCCCGUGCAUCUCACACCUUUACGUCUGGUCAGCUGGCCACCAGGGGGAGUGGGCAGAAGGGAGGGUGAUGGUGCAAAGCAAGCCCAUCUCUGAGUAGAGAAACUACCCAGAGCACAUGCGGACCUGGUAACUGGGUGCUGAGACCAGCUUUGUCCAUGGUAUGAUGUUUGAUUUACAAAGACACAUUGUUAGAAAUCCAUUUUGGCUUCUUCAUAGAAGUGGCUUCCCAGAGGAAGAUUCCUCUCAGAAGCCAUGUUCUAUUUAAGCUCUGAGUCCUCGUGAUUGUGCCCCAUGGUGCACACUGAAGGGAAGGCUCAGACAGCUGAGGGAUGAACAUGGGGCAGUUGGAAUCUAGCCACUAUGCUGGGCUCAGGCCAGACACUUCAACAAGGAUGUGGGGAGAAGGGCUGAGACUCUGGCUGAGCCCAGGACAGGGCGAACUGAGAGAGGACAUACUCAGAGACCCCAACAGGUGAUACUGCACAGAGCCUAGUUCUUCAAUUGCCUACCCUGUAUCUAACAUGUGAGUUUCAUAUAAAACUGUGGUAUCAUGCAGAUGCAGCCUGAAUUUCUUGCCUAAAUUAAAUUUGCGUAUCCUCUCCA